UUUUGCGCGGGAGAGUAGUAUUAGGGAGAGAGAGAGAGUUUAAAAUGUUGACUUUCCAGGUCACUUCACUGCUGACUGCGUGCUGGGGAAGUCAGGAGGAGUCCCUCAAAAUUCCCUGCAAACAUCUCCACUUCCAUUUACAUUUCCAUUUCCCCCGUAACUUUCCCGAGAAAAUGCCCAAGAAACGUACUAGGGUUCCGGAUGUUAUAUGGAGAUUGUUCGGGAGCCGCGCGCGCACGCUUUCCAAUACCAUCGUUUCCUUACUUCCUGCAUCUACUCCCACGCUCUCCGACGACAUGUCGUUCCUCCUUCGACCGGGAGAUUCCUCCGAUUAUCGAAAGCUGCUAGACCGAUGCUUCGUGGUCAUUUCGGAGAAUACGCCUAAGAUUACAAUCUCUCGUUUCUCCCCUGUGUCGCACUGGCCCCAGCAUCAGAUUGUUGCAAGAACCAUUGAAAUGAUCAUCUUUGGCCAUUCUGUGACUUCAAACGUAAUUUGCAGCGGUUACGAUAAGUAUACUCAGUCAAGUCCAUUGGUGGAGCUUCUAACUGCUCCGGCUUGGUGUCUUUUGCUACAGAGGGUUGGGGAGGAAAUCAUGGUUUACUUACUGAAAAAUGCAUCGAUAUUUUUGCCACUAGUUUACAAUAGAUACCAUCAGGUAGCUGGUUCUCCUAUCAGUAAACUAUUCUUUUCAAUGAAGAAGCACAAGUUAGAAUCUCAAAGCGGCCCCAAAAAGAAGAUAAAAGGAGAAGAUGAUGUCAUUCCAUUGUCAAAGAAUCAGGGACAAUUUACUACGUCAAGUAGUGAUGGACUUUUAAGCUCUUAUACUUGUGUUUGUUUCUAUAAAAAGAGAAGUAAUGAUGCGGAAAAACAUAGCCAAAUGAGUUCAUCUGAAGCGGCUAUGGAAAUGAAAUUAGAUUCAAUGGUAAAUGGUGGAGAUAAUUCCAGCCAGUCUGUCCAACAAUACUCAAAUCAGAGUCUAGAACUAUUAGGAAAGCGUUCAAGACCAUUUCGUUGGCAGCGUAGUAGAAAACGCAAACAAUUUCAAGGAACAGCUAUAGCUCCUUGUACAGAAGUUAUGGAGCAUAAACAUAGGCUUCCUGAAAAAUGUGACUCAGACUACAGUGCUUGCUCCUACCAUGAAAAGAAUUUGUGGAAAUGCUGUUAUAUGGUGAGAGAAGUUCCAAAGAAAACCACCAAAGAGGCUCAAAUAGAUAGAAAGCUCCUAUUCUAUAAUUCGGAAACCUCCUCAUCUGUUUUCCCAAGGAAACAUGUGCUAAAUUCUUUGAAACCUAACACUUCUGAUUCAGUCCUCCUUCUUGAGAGUAUCUUUGGCUUAUCUGGUAUAAUGGCUGACUCUAACAGAGAACCCUGCUAUCAAAAUAUUGGUUCUUCUCCCUCAGAUGCUGCUUCUGUAUGCCUGUAUCACUCACUAAUGAAGUUGCUCAAGAUUCUCAUUCGCAGAGCUCAGAAUUGCCAGCACUUGAAUUUAUUGAAUAAGCAUUGUGUUGAUUCAGCAUAUGAUCAAAAUGAGAUAGAGAGUUCGGAAGUCUCAUUUAAGGAGAGUGAGUAUAAGAACAAGAUACUGAAGAAAUCUCAUGAUCAGAGCAAAAAUUCUCUGCAAGCCAAUGAUUCCAAUGCAAUUAAAUCUUAUUGCCUGAAAAGUCAGGUGGUUUCAUUUGUAUGGGCUGCUUGUAGGAGUAUCAUACCUCCUGAAUUGCUAGGAACUCCAACUAAUUGGAGAAUAUUAAGGAGAAACAUAUCGAAGUUUAUUCAGCUUCGGAAAUUUGAAAGAUUUUCUCUUAAACAAUGUAUGCAUAAACUGAAAACGUCAGCUUUUCCUUAUUUUUUCAGUGAUCAUUCUUUAUGCCUUUUGAGUAAUCAGGUGCUACGACAUGAAGAGGGCCAAAUUUUAAAGACUAGUAGAUCCGGUGAAUUGAAUGAAGCUACUUACAGGAUUAGAAAAAGACUUCUAGAAAAUUGGAUUUAUUGGUUCUUUUCAUAUGUAGUUGUGCCGUUGUUGCAAGCUAAUUUCUAUGUCACUGAAAGUGAAUGUGGGAAACAUGAUGUGUUUUACUACAAGAAGUCAGUUUGGGAGAAGGUGAAAAAGAUGGCCACUAAUUGUUUGAAAGAUCAGAGCUAUGUUGGCUUGGAUAAUGCAACAACUAGAGAAAUUGUAAAGUGUAGAAGAUUUGGUUUCUCAAAGCUUAGAUUUCUUCCCAAAGAAAAUAGAAUAAGGUUGCUUGCAAAUCUAAAAGCACCGUCAAGAAUGCCACUGCAAGAGUCUUAUUGGAAAAAUAAAUCUUCCAGAAUUGGUAAAAAGCAGUUGGUUCAAAAGACAAUUAGUUUUCACAAUUUCAAGUCUGUUAAUACUAUUCUUCGAGAUACACAUUCUGUUCUGAAAGGUAUCCAGUUGAAAGAGCCUGAGAGGUUAGGAUCAUCUGUGUUUGAUUACAAUGAUGUCUAUAGAAGGUUAUGUCCGUUUCUGAUUCAGCUGAAAAAUGGAUCAUCAAACAUUCCUGGCGUCUAUAUUAUUGUUUCAGAUGUAGCAAAAGCCUUUGAUUCUGUCGAACAGAAGAUGCUGCUUUCUGUAAUAAAAGAUGUCAUCAGGGAUGAGAAAUAUACAGUUAAACAGUCUUGUGAAGUUCGCUGUACAAAGAGUUCCUUGUGGGUUCAAGACCAUUAUAUAUUACUGGAUCAAAAUAUCAAAUCAAGUGCAACAUCUCUUAUCCCAUUCCAAGCAACUAAUAGCGUUCUUGUUAAUCAGGAGUGCAGCAAGACUGUGACGAAGAAUGAGCUCUUAUUUGAUUUAAAUGAGCAUAUAAAGCGCAAUGUGCUGCAGUUGGAUAAAAAGUUUUAUUUGCAACGUGUAGGUAUUUCUCAAGGAAGUGUCCUAUCUACUUUACUUUGCUCAUUAUACUAUGGAGACAUGGACAGGAAGGUCAUCUUUCCAUUUCUUGAAAGGAUAAGUCAAACUGCUAUUCAAGAUGGAUCAGAACAAUAUAACUUUUCUUAUGCUUCUGGUGCUCAGAUCCACACAUCAAACACAAGUUAUAUGCUACUUAGAUUCAUUGAUGACUUCCUUUUCGUAUCGACCUCAAAACAGCAGGCUGAAGGCUUCUUCUCAAGGUUAUCAAGAGGAUUUCAGGAUUAUAACUGCUACAUGAAUGCGGAUAAAUUUUCUGUUAAUUUUGAUGUUGGCCACAUAUCCAAGCUUCCAUCAAACAGGCUGUGUAUUGGUGAAGAUGGUGUCUCAUUCAUACGUUGGAGUGGCUUGCUUAUCAAUUGUUGCACAUUAGAAGUCCAAGCAGACUACACCAGGCAUUUGAAAAACCAUUUGAGUUCAAGCCUGACUGUCUCUUGGCAUGACAAACCUGGUUCACGUUUAGAAUCGAAGUUGUGCAGCUAUAUGAGGCCGAAAUGUCAUCCAUUAUUCUAUGAUUCCAAAAUCAACUCUGCGGGUGUUGUCAGAUUAAAUAUAUUUCAAGCAUUUUUGGUCUGUGCAAUGAAGUUUCACUGCUACUUCUGUGACUUAUCAUACAUCUGUAGAUUUCGCACUGCCUUCUAUUGGAAAAUUAUUAAGAAAUCAUUCAGGUAUACGAGUUCUCUGAUAAAGAGAAGGAUGCAUUCCAGGGGUGGGCGCCUUGGCUCUAACCUCCGCCCGGUUCUACAUCUGAAAAACUGUGAAGUUGAGUGGCUUGGACUGAAUGCUUAUGUCCAAGUUCUGAAGAGGAAAAAGCCCAAGCAAAAGGAACUGCUGUCUUUACUGACAUCUAAGUUGUUAAUGCAUAAAUUAUCAAAUAAUUUCUCCCCAUGUCUUAGUUACGCAGUUGAUCCUUCUCAUUCCUCUUUAAUCUGGAAAAUUAAGUAUUAGAAGGGCACAGGAAACUGAUUUCAUGAAGAAUUGUUUGGCCUCCUAAUAUAAAAUUGGAUUACGAAUUUGAAUUGUAUACACUAGUUUACAUUGCUUAACUGGUGUUACUUAUGUUGAAUCAUAUAUAGUAUAUAGCAUGAUCUAAGUAAAUCUUAAUGUAGAUUGAUUUCUUCUCAUUUGUCAUUUUAUAAAGCUUUACCCUCUUAUUAUGA